AUGAACUCCUUCACAAAUGUGGCAAUUUCGAAUAUCACAAUAGCACAGGAGUACAUUAACGGAUUGUUGGCAGCCGCCUCUGUUUCAGUCCGCACCGCCUACUCUGAAAUAAAAUCACUGACAAGUCAACCAAGUUUCUAUUAUAUUCCAAAACGACAGGGAUAUUUGAUGGUGAAUAAAAUAGUGACUGAUAUGAGUGCAACUGGUCAAACGGAGAUGAUGUCAUUGAAUAAAAAGGCGAAAGCAUACUGUCGAACUGCAAAUGUCGACACUCCACCGUAUUCAUUGGGCAAUUUAUUCGGAAAUAUGUUAGCGAAUGGGGCUGUUUUGUCGAAAUAA